AGAAAAAGUGGAUUCGGGGCGACCACUCGCCAUGGAUAUCACCUGAUUUGCUGCGUGAAAUUUCGCACCGAAACAAAUUAUUCAAGCGCCACAAGCGGAAUCCUACAUCUACUUCUUGGGAUGACUAUAAGCGGCAACGUAACAAGGUUACGUCGCUAAAGCGCAAGUCCUUGAAAAGGUUCUGCUGUGAUGCUUCCUUGAGUGCUCGACAUCCGGGCGAAUUUUGGAGAAAAAUGAAGCCCCUUUUGCCAACUAGAUCUGGUAAAAACAUACAAGGCGUCAUCCUCGUUGAGGGCAGUAGUAAUGUUUCCGACCCUGGGUGUGUGGCCGAAGUCUUUAGUGAUUACUUUGCCAAUAUUAUUCAGUUAGAGCAUAGAUCUGACACUGACUACACUGACCAUCCUAGUAUCAAGGCAAUAAGCAAUCUACGUUUCUCAAGUGAGUUUAAUUACUCCCCAGUCAGUACUUCAUAUAUCCGUAACAUCUUAGACCAUCUUAAUCCGAGAAAGGCAGUUGGGGUAGAUGGCAUUUCACAACGAAUCUUGCGUUUGGGACCC